CAACAUAUCGUUUUUGAUUUAGCCAUGAUUCAUGGACAUGUCUGCUCAUGUUUAAGUUGUCAUAAGGGUACAGGAUAGGUUUUAUCGACGUUUUGUUCUUUGUAUUGAGCUUUUGUUGUGUUUCGUAUAUAAAUAAAGUACUAACCUGAAAAAUGAGCAAAGGAAAAUGGUACACGAAAGAAGAUGUCCUCAAAGACCUGGCGGUGGCGACUGGCAAGGUGCCCAAUAUAGACAGCAGCUACUUGGUGGUAGGAGAAAGGCCGCCGCCACAAUACUUCUGCGAACCAGAUGACGAGAUGGAGCUGAUGUUUCGCGACACAAUAGGAGAGAAGUCUGCGGGUCCCGCGAUGUCUCCCGACCUCAGAGGCAUCACGGAAAUGAUAAGGAUGGUACAAGGAUGCGAUGACUCCUCGUCUGAUUAUGACACGAAUGUAUGCACCACACGCCCUAAGUCGCCCUGUGAUAUUAUUAGUAUAAGCAAAUUAAACCCGAACGUACAGGAAUUUAAGCCUCAAGACAUCACGGCUUGCGCUGUUGCGAAUAAACCUGAAGGGAAUACAAGCUCAAAGGAAAAUAAACCCAGUGUUGUUAUAUCAGGCCCUACUUCACGAAAAUCUCGUGACAGUGAGAGCGGAAAAGGCGACAAACUUAAGGCGCAGGGCAUUAAUAAACAAACUGAUAUUAAUAGAAAUGACGAAUUACAUAAAGAUUUAGAAGCAUGUACUUCAAAUGCACAGGAACAGAAAGAUAAAACAUCCGAAUUAAGAAGUAAAGUACAAAAGCCUAAUCAGAACGGAGUGAGUACUUUCCAAGUAAAAAAAGAAAGGAACUUCGCGAUUGCCAACUUGCAAAAAUUAUUGUCAAUGCAAGGGAGUGAUGGUAUCAAAGAUACAGUGGAAAACACAGUCAAGCCUAUUAAACUGUUAACGCCAGAUUAUUACGAACAUUCCAAAGCUGAAGCUGCUGAAGAAUCAGAGUCUCAAAAUAAUUUACAACACAAACCUAAAAUUGAUGACACGCCCUCAAAUAAAAGUGUUGGCACGUCAAGCAAACCAAGUGGAAGUAGUUUUGAAGUUAUAAAAAAGUUAUUUCUUAAUGAUUUAAAUGCUGGUGUAAGAACAUCAUCCGAUCCAGGAAUUAAAAAUAUAAACGAAUAUAGCAAGUUAGAAAAGAAAGCGUUAUCUACCGCGUCUGAUAACAAAACGGACAUCAGCGUGAGCGAUGAAAAACUCUGUUCAGAUACGAACCUAUCAGAUCCACAAAUAAGGGAUUCUAUAAACAAAGUUAAUCAUUGGAUGAACAAAAACGAUGGCAAACCAGCAGAAGCAGUAAAGCUACCUGAAAAAGCUCAAGUUAUUUCACCUACGCCUCCGGUAUUUUUGAGCUCUAUUACUUUCAAAAGGAAAGAAACAAGAAAGUCCCCGAACGUGUCGGAAAAAACCGUUGCAAGACCCUCGAAAAAUCAUAUCGAACAAUACAAGCCCUCGGAAUAUGCUCAGGAGUUGAGCAAAAUGUACACGGAGCGAGUGAAAAAAAUCGAAAGUACAAAAGCUAAGAACAGCUGGGCGAAUUUAGAAGACUUGCUGAAGGAAAAGGACGAGAAAAUUAAACAGGAAAAACUUAAAGCUCAAAACGAAGCAUGUGACAACAAAUAAACAAGAAAACAGAUUUUGACGUUUAAGAGUUGACUUUUUAAUAAGAAUCUAUGAAACACGUAAAGCAAAGCUGAUCAUCGUUAAAUGAAACUAAGCGGUACCACGUGGCGUUAAAGUUUACAAUUCAAUUUUCAUAUUAACCAUGUGUUGUGUUAACUAUAACCAAUAGAAACAAAGAACCUAGGACAAAGCGUUAGGAACUGAGGCUAGAUGUAAGACAUAUCAGUGGAGCCUGUAGUAUUGACCAAACAACUAUACGAUGUAAACAAAACUCUUCAAACUGUAGUAAAACAUCAGUGACAAUUUGUAAUGAAAAAUGGAUUGUUUGUAACAUAGUUUUAAUAUUGAAAUUAGUUUUAAUCGUCUGUGAAGAGUUUUGUUUACGUUUUAUGGUUUGUUGGUGACUAUUUUGGUUCAAUGUGACGACGGCUUUAUAGCGUUCUCUUAUUUCAGUGUAACUACUGGACAUAAUAAGACUUAUAUCAUCUCAUGUCUCAGGAUGGCGAGCGCAGUGAAAUACCGAACAAUACUUUAUAAUUCAUGGUAUUGCAUGGUGUUUCUACUGUUUAUGGAUCGUAUCGCUUACCAUCAGGCAAACGGCAAGCUAGUUUUGUCAUUCAAAGUAAUAAAUAAAUGUCAUGCAAUUAAAGUUGGUACAGUACACGGCAGCAAAUAUUACUUUGAGUUAUAGAAAGAGAUAAAGUAUACGAAUAAUAAUUGGCUAGAUUAGGCUUCGAGAUCAUCAUCGCGGUGAGAUAUGUGCUAUUUUGUAACUGACUGACUACAGCUCGAAGUUUAAUGACUGACGUCGACUUGGCUCGCCGAAUUUAUGCGCUUUUAACUAUAAAAAUGCGUCCAUCAGGAACUAUUCGGAGCGUAUCAAUUUUGUUGUAGUCGACGCCAUUAAUAUUUACUGUCGAGUACUGUAAUAUCUAUAGAUUUCGUCAUUAAUUCAUUGACCAAAGUAUGACAUCACAAUUGACUGGAAAUAGGAGAUCGCAGUGCCGCAAAGAUAUGCGAAAUAAUACAAUCUACAUUGGUCAUAGUACUAUAAAUGUAUUAGUAAUUUAUAUUUUAAAAAAUUAUAGACUUAUUUAAUUACAGUCUGUGAUCGAAUUUCGAUUGUAUUUACGAGCGGACUUGAUAUGCUCAAGAUUAUAUUUUUAAAAAGUUUAUUUUUAAUGUUAAAUGGAGUAAGGUUUAAAGAACUGUGAUACUUAAGUUAUUAUGUCGAAAAAUCGACUAAUUAAGAGCUGGUAAUGCUUAAGUACACGAAACAUUACCACCGUUUGAAUCGGUGGCAAAGUAGUUAAGUGAAAUUGUGUUCUCUACCAAAAAAUAAAUGUUAUUACAUUCAAAUUACAAUUUGCUGACAAAAGUGUAAGGCAUUGUCCAUAUUUUUCAAGAUGGACUAAUGUCAUAUAAUUUUGGUGAAAAAACUUAUUCCUUUAUUUGAUUAAAAACGUCAUUUCUCGAGCCUUCCCCGCGUUUUAGACUUUACGUGAAAUUAAGAGGUUCUACAUCCAAAAACGAACGUCGAAACGUCGGUCCGAAACAAAGAAACGACGAACUUCGGAUCUAACCCUACUACAAAAUUACUUCGAAUCCCAUUUUUUUUUUGGAGCAAGCAGUGGAAUUUUAUCCUCGCAAAUGGUUUUAAAAGCGAUGGCGAAACCCUAUAAGUUCUUAAAAAUUCCAUGUCUGAAAUAUUGCGAUGAACGGAUCGGAUCCCUCGUCGAA